GAGAGGAGAGGAGGGAAAUGAUGUGCGCAGCUUUCUCCGAUCAUCUCCUCCGUCAGGUGACUCAGGUUCCCGCCGGCCUCCGGCUUCCACCCGCCUCUGGACGAAAAUGCACCAGAUCUGUUCCUUUCCUCUUUCGACGACCUCUCUCGGGGAGAAGAUGCGCUGCGGCUAGCGGCUCGGUGGAACCGGCCACCGCUGGCGCCGACGCAAAGGCGCUGGUGGAAUUCCUCUACGACGACCUCCCCCACCUCUUCGACGAGCAAGGGAUCGACCGGACCAUGUACGACGACCGCGUCGUGUUCCGUGAUCCCAUCACGAAGCACGACACCAUCGACGGGUACCUGUUCAACAUCCGCCUCCUCAAGCUCCUCUUCCGCCCUAAUUUCUAUCUCCACUUCGUAAGGCAGACGGGACCCUACGAAAUCACUACACGAUGGACUAUGGCGAUGAAGUUUAUUCUUCUUCCAUGGAAACCAGAACUCGUCUUUACAGGAAUAUCCAUCAUGGGCGUCAACCCUCAAACUCAAAAGUUUCGCAGCCAUGUGGAUCUUUGGGACUCGAUCGAAAACAAUGACUAUUUCUCUUUUGAAGGUUUAGUGGACUUUCUGAAACAGCUGCGAAUUUACAAAACUCCAGACUUGGACACUCCUGAAUACUUGGUACUGAAGAGAACUGCAAAUUAUGAGAUAAGGAAGUAUAAACCCUUUGUGGUGGUCGAAACUAAAGGAGACAAGCUAUCUGGCUCAUCUGGCUUUAAUGAUGUAGCUGGGUAUAUCUUUGGCAAGAAUUCGUCAGCUGAAAAGAUCCCUAUGACCACCCCUGUGUUUACUCAGGCUAUUGAUGACAAAUUAUCAAAAGUUUCAAUUCAGAUUGUUUUGCCGAUGGACAAAGAUUUGGACAGGUUACCAUUUCCUACUGCUGAAGCUGUUAUCUUGAAAAAGGUGGAAGGUGGGAUUGCUGCAGUGACAAAGUUUAGCGGAAAACCAACUGAAGAGAUUGUGCUUGCUAAAGAGAAAGAACUACGGUCUGCGUUACUUAAAGAUGGUCUGAAUGCUCGAAGCGGGUGUUUGCUUGCACGUUAUAAUGAUCCUGGUAGCACAUACAGCUUUGUUAUGAGGAAUGAGGUGCUGCUAUGGCUAAAUGAGUUUUCACUGGAAUAGAAGUUGAGAUUGCUGCAGAGAGACUUCCAAUGGUUAUGGUCUCUUCACUGAUAUGAACCAGAAGUCCUCUUUUUCAAGUCCAUUCUCGUGUGCAAAGUUUUAGUUCAUUCUUUGCUCGUCCUCAUUUGAUCAAGAACUUGCUUUUGAAAUGAUAUUUGGAAGCUUUGAGAGAUUCCUUAGACUGUAUAUACAUAUAGUUGCAUAUUUGUUUCAUGACAUUAGGUUUGUUUUUGUUUUUUGUUGUGUCCUGUUUAUUAGGAAAAAAAAAUUGGGAAGAGCAAACAGAAGAGAAAAUUAGAAAUG